AUGUCAUCUACAGCUACGUUGAGUAGUUCCUCGUCGGUCGCGAAUGAUAGUAAUGCUGGCGAUUUCGAAGUGGAAGAAGAAGUUGAAGAAGUCGAAAGACAACUUGCAAACAUUAACAGAGAUGCUGUUCUUUUUGUUAUCGAUUGCUCACUGUCGAUGAUGAGCGGUGAAGAUUCACCAUUUAAAUCCGCUAUUCGGUGUGCUUCUUCGGUGAUGAUGAACAAAAUAAUUACCAGCAAUGACUAUGACUUUAUGGGUGUAGUGCUAUUUGGAACGGAAAAAUUACAAAAUACACUUGAAAAAAGGCACAUUUAUGUGCUUCAACCCAUUGAUUUACCAGAUAUCCACAGAAUAAUAGAAUUAAAUGACAUAGCAUCAGGGCAAAUUGAUUUUAGUCAGGAAUACGGAAAUACAAAUGAAGAAGUUCCAUUAGGAGAUGUCUUUUGGACUUGCAAUGAUUUAUUUAAUUCACUAUCUACAUCAACGGUUAAGAUUAAAAGAAUAUUUCUCAUCACUGAUCAAGAUAACCCUCAUGCUACAAAUCAAGUUCUUCGUAGUACAGCAAUUACUCGUGCUAAGGAUCUUAUUGAAUCAAAGAUAGAGAUAAACCUUUUUAGUGUCAAUCAAUCAGACGAACAAUUCGACCUCGAUGCCUUUUAUUCGAAAAUUGUUUCUAAAGACGACUUUGGAGAAAAUCUUCACUUUAAUGCAACGAAAGACUUUAAGGUCCUUUUGACUCAAAUUAUGAAUAAAGAAGCUCCAAGAAGAUCUUUAUUUUCUCUACCAUUCCGCUUAUUUGAAGGUGAAGGAAUGACAAUUGGGAUCAGAGGCUUUUCGACGAUAGUUGAAAGAGCGAAGCCUGCACAUAAAUUAGUUCAUAUGAGAGCUGAGACAACACGCGUUGUUGAAACGAAGACAAAAUGGAUUUGUGCGGACACUGUUCAAGAAUUAAUGCCUGAAGAUAUGAAGUACUAUUUUUCAUAUGGUGGCGAAAAGAUUGUUUUUACGAAAGAGGAAUUAUCAAAAAUCAGAGACUUUGGUGAAAAAGGUUUAACACUUAUUGGAUUUAAACCUACAAGUGCACUUAAAUAUCACUAUAAUAUUGCGCACCCGUAUUUUAUAUAUCCUGAUGAAGAACAAUAUGAAGGUAGUAGAAGAACUUUUGCAGCUUUACAUAGGAAGAUGAUCGAAAAAGAUAAAAUUGCCAUAUGCGCCGCAAAAAUUCGCAAUGGAACACCUUUUACAUUUGUUGCUCUAAAAGCUCAACCUGAAAUUCUCGAUGAAAAUGGUCUGCAAAUUCAACCUCCAGGUAUGAAUAUGAUUAAUCUUCCGUUUGCAGACGACAUGCGACCCCUUCCACCUCAAGCCGAAAUAUCUCCUGAUGAAGGGUGGCUACAACCCAAACCAAUUUCCAAAUCCAUGCAAGUUUUCUUGUAUUUCAAUAACAAUUAUGGCAACUUAUACUUGGAUCUGAAUUUGAAUCGAUUCUUCAAUGUCCUACAAGACAUGGCUUUAAACCAAGAUAUUGAACCGGAAACAAAUGACGAAACUUUACCUAAGUAUGGCGCAAUCAACAAGCGUGCCGGUGAUUACAUUAAAGUUUUUAACGCAGAAUCAGAUCAUCAAAGUCAAGAUACGCAUCCAAGCCAAACAGACUCGGAGUCUGUUGGAUCUUACAGAGCAUCAUCAUCUAGAGGAGCUAGAUCUCUGACGUCUUCGCAAGGAUCUCAAGCUGACAUUUCAACAUUAUACGAAUCUGGGAAGGUAUCAAAGGCUACUGUGGUUCAAUUAAAAGAAUUUCUAAACAGUGUCGGAAUUAAGCCAGCAAAGAGAAAAGAUGAGUUGGUUAAGCAAGUUGAAACAUAUUUUUCUUCAACAUAUGCUCAAACAAUUGGUAAAGUUAUUGAACGAGAAUAUCAUGCCACAUCGCUGACUAUAGCUAUACAGGAUGGACCAGCUGCGGGACAAACGGUACCACAUUGUCACGUUCAUUUAAUUCCACGGAAAGCUGGUGAUUACGCAAAUAAUGAUGAUAUUUAUAAAGAUAUUAACAAAUCAUCAAAAAUCGAUAAUGAAGAAAGACCACCUAGAAGUUUAGAAGAAAUGGCUAAAGAAGCCGAAUUUUUAAAACAAUUCUUUAAAAACAGUAAAUGA